UGUACUUGCUUCCUAAAUAUGCUAUGUGGCAUAGCAUUGUCCAAGCACAUACCCCAACGCCACCUCCAGCACGAUACAUCUCGUGGCACAGAUCACCCUCUUCCCUCUCCAAUUAGGGUUCAACUUCAACUUCGUUUUCUUUUCUGCUCAACAUGGCUGAAGAAUUUCUCGAAGACAAGAAGCGAGUCCGGAACCCUUUAGUCCCCAUUGGUGCACUUGUUACUGCUGGUGUGCUAACGGCUGGCUUAAUCAGUUUUAGACAAGGUAAUUCUCAGUUAGGCCAGAAGUUAAUGAGGGCUCGUGUGGUUGUCCAAGGUGCUACAGUGGCACUCAUGGUUGGCACUGCCUUUUACUAUGGAGAAAAUCCUUGGCGAUCAAAUUGCCUUUAUGAAGGUGGAGUCUGGAAAAUACGUGUUGAGCUUCCUGAUGCUUACCCAUACAAAUCCCCUUCUAUUGGCUUUGUGAACAAAAUAUUCCACCCAAAUGUUGAUGAGUUAUCUGGCUCGGUAUGCUUGGAUGUCAUUAACCAGUCUUGGAGUCCAAUGUUUGAUCUUUUAAAUGUUUUCGAAGUUUUUCUUCCUCAACUUUUACUUUAUCCAAAUGCUUCGGAUCCUCUCAAUGGUGAUGCAGCAUCGUUAAUGAUGAAGGAUAAAAAAUUGUAUGAUCAGAAAGUUAAAGAGUAUUGUGAGCGGUAUGCUAAGAAGGAAAACAUUACGAAUUCUACAGCUGAUGAGGAGAGUGGAGAUGAGGAAGACAUCAGUGAAGAAGAAAGUGGAUCUAGUGAUGAUGACAUUCCUGUUUUCAGAAUAUCCAUUGUAGUAACAGGAGUUUGUAUAAGAAACAUACAAACGUAUGCUAAAAUGCGCGGAAUUGAACUUGAGGCCAAGCAAAAUGGUGGCUUGAAGUACUCAUAUCCUCAAUCUCCCUUCUCACCACUCCAAACUCCUAACGAUGGUAACAUUAGUAGCAACGAUGAAGAAACAACAACGGCAUCAUCUCUCAGCAGAAUCAGUCCACUCAUUCUGUUGGUAAUAAUAGUUCUAGCAGUGAUCUUCUUCGUGUACGGACUCGUCCACUUGGUUCUAUGGUUCCUCAUGAAAAGGCCAUCACCUCCAUCACUUUACAACUCCAACAGGUUCCACGAAUCCACACGCACACGUGUUCUCCAACGCCAGCUUCAGCAGCUCUUCCGCCUGCACGAUUCAGGUCUAGACCAAGCCCUCAUUGAUUCUCUACCCCUUUUCCAUUACCAAGACUUGUUGGGGUCAAAGGAACCCUUCGAUUGUGCAGUGUGUCUCUGCGAGUUUUCUGAACACGACAAGCUGAGAUUGCUUCCUAUGUGCACCCACGCGUUUCACAUGAACUGUCUUGACACGUGGCUUCUCUCCAAUUCCACGUGUCCUCUUUGCAGGGCCUCGCUCUCCAACUACAUGGAGAAUCAUCAGAAUCCGGUGUUUAACGUUGACACUGACAAUUCUUUGGUUCUGCCAAAUGGGGUGGAAGAGAACGCGCGUUUAGAAAGCCAAAGAUGGGUGAGUUCUGAGGCACGAGUUAGUGGGAAAAGGGUGUUUUCAGUGAGGCUGGGGAAGUUCAGAAACAGUGGUUUGGAGGGUGGAGAGGUAGGGGGUGGUGGUUGUAGUUUGAAUGAGAGGAGAUGCUACUCCAUGGGUUCGUAUCGUUAUGUGGUUCGUGAUUCGAAUCUGCAAGUGGUGUUAUCUGGAUCUCAUGAUGAGAGAGAUGGUGAUGUUUCGGAAAAUGGGAAGAUGAUAGGAGACUCAACGAUAGGUGAGAGCUUUUCUGUUUCCAAGAUAUGGCUUUGGUCCAAGAAGAAAAGCUUUCAUGCUUCAAAUGUACCUUUCCCAUGAUUUCUUCUUGUAAGAGCUAAGAAGGUGUGAGCAAGGUAGACUUUUAUUUUCUGUCCAGAAUUGCAUGGCAAUAAUAUUAAUAGUGCUUUUGUUUUUAUAUAUCAUACCGUUAAUAUAUCAUAGCCGAUACCACGUAUUUGGUGUUUUUU